CUCCCUUUCUCAUCUUCCUCCUUUCCCAUCCUAUUUCUUCCUUUUCCUGUGUGACAGAGCUAGACAGUGCUCCGCAAGGCAGGAUGCAGAGACACAGGAGCAGGCUGAUGGAAACAGACACUAUGGAAAGGAGCCAGAUGAAAUAAGGUCAAAGACAGCUGCAUUAUACGUAGAGACAGACCAGAAUGAAAAGCCAUGAUUCACAGAGCACUGCAACUGAGAUACUCCUUAGGUUUCACUUUGAGAGCUACUGAGGGAUUGAGGUCAAUGAGGGCUGGCAUAAAGAUGGACAGCCAGGCUCCACCUCCCUGGUUCCCUUAAUUCUUGUCUCCCCACCCCACCCCCACUACUCCCUCACAUUGACCAGUGUCCUGGGCCUUUAAGAGUUGGAUGGGCUGGACUAAGGAGAGAGCUCAUACCUCUGUCCACCCCACUCCUUCCCUCUGGCUCUAACUCUGCCAAUCACAGCAGCAAACUGCAGUGGAAGAGGAGAGGAAGCAAGCGAGUGCAAGAGGAGCAAAGGAGAAAAGCCAGGCUGAGCUUCCUCAUCCAAGUGGAGACCAUUGCAGAGCUCAGGAGGCAUAGCUCACAGACACAGGACUGCAAUUCUGCUAUCCUGCCCACGUUUUACUCCUGGCUGUAUCAGUUACCCCUAUAUAUGAGGAACCUCUUAGCUGUGCAGAGCCAGCAGUGAUCCUGCCACACCUCAGAGGUGACUCUGGCGCCAACUGGUGGAGCAGUGGGUGAUGGCAUCCCUGCUGCAAGACAAGCUGACCACUCAUCAGGACCUGCUGCUGAUGCAGGAAGGCAUGCUGAUGUACAAGGUGAAGUCCAAAACCUGGAAGAAGCUAAGAUACUUCAGACUCCAGAAUGAUGGCAUGACAGUCUGGCAAGAGCGGCAGACCUGGGGCAAGGCCAAGCCCAGCUUUUCAAUCUCUGAUGUGGAGACAGUGCGUAAGGGCCACGAUUCUGAGUUGCUGCGCAGCCUGGCAGAGGAGUUCCCGCUGGAGCAGGGCUUCACCGUUGUCUUCCAUGGCCGCCGCACCAACCUGGACCUGGUGGCCAACAGUGUUAAGGAGGCUCAGAUCUGGAUGCAAGGGCUCCAGCUGUUGGUGGACCUUGUCACCAGCAUGGACCAACAGGAACAGCUGGACCAAUGGCUAAGUGACUGGUUCCAGCGUGGAGACAAAAACCAGGAUGGUCGGAUGACUUUCCAAGAAGUUCAGCGGUUACUGCACUUGAUGAAUGUGGAAAUGGACCAAGAAUAUGCCUUCAAUCUUUUCCAGACAGCAGAUACUUCCCAGUCUGGGACUCUAGAGGGAGAAGAAUUUGUACAGUUCUAUAAGGCAUUGACUAAGCGUGAUGAGGUGCAAGAACUGUUUGAAAGCUUUUCAGCUGAUGGGCAGAAGCUGACCUUGCUGGAAUUUUUGGAUUUCCUCCAAGAGGAGCAGAAACAACGAGACUGUGCCCCUGAGCUUGCUCUGGAACUUAUUGACCGCUAUGAACCUUCAGACAGCGGCAAACUGCGGCAUGUGCUGAGUGUGGAUGGCUUCCUCAGCUACCUCUGCUCAAAGGAUGGAGACAUCUUCAACCCAGCCUGCCUCCCCAUCUACCAGGAUAUGACUCAACCCUUGAGCCACUACUUCAUCAACUCCUCGCACAACACCUACCUAAUGAGAAAUCAGCUUUGUGGCCAGAGCAGCGUCGAGGGAUAUAUAUGGGCCCUGAAGCAGGGGUGCCGCUGUGUAGAGGUGGAUGUAUGGGAUGGACCUAGUGGGGAACCCAUCGUUUACCAUGGACACACCCUGACCUCCCGAAUCCUAUUCAAAGAUGUUGUGGCCACAAUAGCACAGUAUGCCUUCCAGACAUCAGACUACCCAGUCAUCUUGUCUUUGGAGAACCACUGUAGCUGGGAACAGCAGGAGACCAUGGCACGCCAUCUGAUUGAGAUCCUCGGGGAGCAACUGCUGAGCACCACCUUGGAUGGGCUGCUGCCCACUCAGCUGCCCUCGCCUAAGGAGCUUCGGAGGAAGAUCUUGGUGAAGGGGAAGAAAUUAGAUGCGCUUGAGGAGGAUCUUAAGGAGGAGGAAGAGGAGGAAGAGGAGCCAGAGUCUGAGCUGGAACGACAGCCAGAGUCAGAAUCGGUGCUAGAGUCCCAGUGUGAGACAGAGCCCAAGCCUGAGCUCCAGAAGCUGAGACCUUUGAGUAAGGACAAAAAGCAGAAGGUUGUGACGUGUCCGUCGUUUUGUCUGCCUAUCUGUUGUCAGACUACAACCCAGGCUUCUAUUUCCAAGCCUGAGUCCCUUCUCUUGUCCCGGCAGAAGUCCAAGAUCAUCUUGUGUCCAGCCCUCUCGGACCUGGUUGUCUACUUGAAGACUGUCUCAUUCCACAGCUUCGCUCAUUCAAGGGAGCACUACCACUGCUAUGAGAUAUCGUCCUUCUCCGAAACUAAGGCCAGGGGCCUGGUCAAGGAGGCUGGCAAUGAAUUUGUGCAGCACAAUACCUGGCAAUUAUGUCGUGUGUACCCUAGUGGCCUGAGGACAGACUCUUCCAACUACAACCCCCAAGAACUGUGGAAUGCAGGCUGCCAGAUGGUGGCUAUGAAUAUGCAGACUGCAGGGCUUGAAAUGGACAUCUAUGAUGGGCUCUUCCGCCAGAAUGGUGGCUGUGGCUAUGUGUUGAAGCCAGACUUCCUGUGUGAUGCUCAGAGUUCCUUCAACCCAGAGAGGCCCAUUAGCCCUUUCAAGGCCCAAACCCUCUUAAUCCAGGUGAUCAGUGGUCAGCAACUCCCCAAAGUGAACAAGACCAAAGAGGGGUCCAUUGUGGAUCCACUUGUGAGAGUGCAGAUCUUUGGUGUCCGUCCAGACACAACCCGGCAAGAGACCAACUAUGUGCAGAACAACGGAUUUAAUCCACACUGGGGGCAGACACUAUGCUUCCGGGUCCUGGUGCCUGAACUUGCCAUGGUGCGUUUUGUGGUAAAGGAUUAUGACUGGAAAUCCCGAAAUGACUUUAUUGGUCAGUAUACCCUGCCAUGGACAUGCAUACAACAAGGUUACCGCCAUAUACACCUGCUCUCUAAGGAUGGCACCAGCCUCCACCCAGCUUCCAUCUUUGUGUAUAUCUGCAUACGGGAAGACAUGGAGGAUGAAUCCUGAGGCUCAACCCCAUACCCAGAUCUACAGCUAAUCUUUCCCAUCAACUCUGGUGCAAAAGCUGAUUGCAACUAGAAAUCCAGUAAGGUGUGUGGAGCAGAGAAACUUAAGGAUGCAUUAUCCCCUCCAUGCUUGACUUCCUCAAAGCCCAGAGCCAAGAGAAGGAUAAAUCAAAUUUCAAGGUUUCCUAGGCAAAGAUUGGGAAAGGAGACCUACUGCAGAACUGUACUGACUUCUCAAGAGAACACUGUGCAGUGCUCAGAGUCCCCACUGGACUGCUCCAUCUUAGCCCCACUGGUAUAAAUGCAGCUUCUCUCUCCAA